AUGACUUCACGGCGUCUGUUGCUACUAUUAGACUGGGACGGUACGAUCACACAGCACGAUACUUUAAAUUUAAUUGCACCAGCACUCAAUGAAGUAAAGAGUGAUUCUCCUGACUUCUCUGUAUAUCAAGAUGAGUACAUGCGCGACUAUACAGAAUUUAAGACGAUGUUUGGGCAAAUCACCAACAGGGAACAGAUGUACGACUAUCUACGAUCCAUUCGGAUGGUAGAAGAGCGUUCGUUGAAUCGUAUCAAUUGCUUAUUUGAAGGAACAAAUGAUGCGCAGAGACGCAGUCGUAUUGGUAAAAUUUGUUACCGAAAAGGAUGGGCGGCUAUGCAGUAUUGGAUGGCACAAAGAGUUGCCUCUCACACGUUAGCGGCCUACAUUGUGAGUGUAAACUGGUCACGAACGUUUAUAUCGGAUGCUCUGAAAGCAUGCGCCGAACAAAAUGGCGUGGAACAAGUGAUAUCCUACGUUUAUGCGAACGAGCUAGUAACCAAGCCAGGCUCGGAUGAGUGCACGGGCCUUAUCCAGGGACCGGGACAACGUGAGCGCAUUCUCACUGGACCUGACAAAGUGAAAAUGUGCGAGGCGAUUGCGUCAAAAAGUGCAUACGAUACCAGUGUGUACGUCGGUGACUCUACGACCGACAUACCCUGUCUGUUGUGGGCCGACAUGGGCAUUCUGAUCGGAUCUGGUGAUCAAGUGCGAGAUAUGCUGCACCAAGCGGGCAUGGAUUCCGUUCUGCACACGAUUGACUCGUGGAAGCAGCUGGACGUAAUGCAGCAGCGGGCAUCUAUAGUAUGUGCCUCUGAUUGGUACGCGGUAUGUGACCUAUUGCAGCUUCAGUAA